CCGUCAACCUCUCGAAGCGUUAGCCGAAGUUUGUGAAAGUGUGUGACGGUUUUUAACGAAGACUUUCCCGAAAUACCUCUGAGCAAGUGAGUGUGUGUGAGUGAUUUUUAAGAGAAACUCUGUGAUGAAGCUCCGAGAUUAUACCGACAAAUAAACGACGAAAACGACGUAAAGUUUGGAGAUUAUACCGGCAAAAAAACGAAAGGAACUCGAUGAAGUUUGGUUUAGCUGGAUUAGUUCAACACAAACAAACCAAAAAACAAAAACACUUUGUGAAAGUUGAUUCUGUGAUUGUCGUUUAUUAAGAUUUUCCAAACUGAAGGUUAUAGUUCUGUCAGCAGGAGCUCACUGAUGUCUGAUGAACUGGAUCAUGGAGUUAUUAUCUCCAAUUUUAUACAUUUAUUUUUUCUAUUAAUGUGAGAAUUUAAAAAGUAAAAACUCAUUAACAUUGAAAGAGAGGAUAACUGUGUCUCUGCUUUCCUUCUUCUUAGUGAAUAAAAGGCCAAAUGUUUUGUUUAAUCAACUGCUGUUCAGUCGUAAUGGUCAUAAUUUCAACAUCAAAUGGUUAUUUCCAUCGACUCACCAAUACUUACUCUGGACAGCAUACUGUCAUGUUCAGAAGUAUGAAAAUAUGGAAUAGUCCUUCUUCUGUUAUUGCAAGGUUAACCAGUAAACAUGUGUUUAAAAAGAAGAUGUACCAAUAUCUAAUGACUCACUGUAAUAAGAAACAGAACCCCUAGACUAGGCUGUGACAACAUACAAUACAUAACAAUGAGAUUUUUUAUUACUAGUACACUUAUCUUGGCCUUUAUUGGUGUUUGUUUUUAUUGGAAAUGUAAUGUCAUCAUAAUUGUUGUGAUAGUUAUGAUUUUAACAUCUUGCAUAUUUCUCCUGUUUGGACUUUUAUCAUUUUAAUGUAUAUGAAUGUUUACUGUCUUCUUGUGGACCCCAGGAAGAGUCGCUGAUACUUAGGUAGUAGCAAAUGGAGAUCCAAAUAGAUGAGCAAAUAACAUUAAUUUCAUAUAUUUAUUGUUGUGUUUUUAUGUAAUGAUGGUUUAUGUCGUGGAAGAGGAGAUCGAUAAAGUUCUUCUUCUUCCAUUUCUGUUUCCACUCUUGAUUAAAAAGCUUAAAAUUACAGUGGAUUUUUCUAAAGAACAUUUUGUGGUUUGUCUACCUUUUCUGAACAUUACCCCCUUCUAGUGAAAAUAUUUCAAACUCUCUAAAUCACUAACUUUGACUAUGUCUUUUGCUCCUAAAUAGCUCCCCGUCCUAGAUCCAUCAAGAAGAUCAAAAAUGGCCUCUGCCCCACCAAGAGAUUUUCUACUGAACUGCAAAGUCCAGGACAGUGAAGCCACAUGUUUCAGAGACCUUUCAGGUAACAUGGUCAUGCCCCAUGAUCCCCAACGUGCCGUGAUUUGUUUGAUAGGUAAUGAAAUGUUCGGCUAAGACCUCAGACUUCAUUCAUCUCACCAGGGGCAAUCGAUUUACAAUCAAGGAUUACAGUUUUUAUUCUAUGUUUUUAGUAAUGUUCUGGUCACAGUUACCUGCAUAAGUUAAUGUCAAUGUGUUAAUAUUUCUUUCUGCUCACUGCCAACCAAUCAUCAGUUCAGAAGACUCAUUUCACAUGUUCUUAGGAUGUUAAUAUGUCUGUUAGUCAUAUUAGGAAGGAAUAAAAACAUCAGAUUUGUAUAUUGAAAUUAUUUUUACAUCACCAACAAUACAGCAUACACCCAUCCAUCCAUCCAUCUUCACAUCCUCACAUUCUUCCCUGACUAGUGAAUGAGACCCUGAGAUACUUGAGCUCCUCCACUUCUGUGAUAGAUCUUAAAUAAGCUUAAGUAUUAAAAAUUUAGGAACACUCGUGCAUUACUUAAACAUUAAGUAAAGAUCCUCGACUCUUUCUGUGAAGCAUUUCAAACAUCUGUGAGCUAUUUACAUGUUGUCCUAGCAGGACUGCAUGAGCUGCCUGAACCACAGGGGCCCAAGAUCCUGCCAAGGCCUCCAGUCCAGGGUCAUGAUCCACAGGUGAGACUCGUAAAACGAAGAUCAAACUGACAUUUAUGAAAAUGUCUGACUGCUCCUAAUUUCAUGGAAGUACAGCGUCCUCAACACCGUCAUUUAACUGCUCUAUAUAAAUACUGUAUGUCGAUACUGUAUGUAGAUUCUGUACUUAGAUAUUGUAUGUAGAUAUUGUAUGUAUAUACUUUAUAUAGAUUCUGUAUGUAGAAACUGUAUAUAGAUAUUGUGUGUAGGUACUGUGUGUGGAUAUUGUAUGUAGAUUCUGUUUGUAGAUGUUGUAUGGAGAUACUGUUUGUAGAUACUGAUGUAGAUACCCAGAUGUCAGCUUCUUCCUCCUGCUGUAGGCCAUGCUGAGGAAAGUUCCCAGGACAAAGCCAAGUCUGGAACACCGGGAAACCCCGAAAAGGUUGAUUUUUCUAGGCUGGGACACUCAGUCGCCCCCUGCUGUACAAACACAGCAGCAGCAGAGGCCGGUCCAUCUACCUCCUUUACCAUCUACAGUUAAAGCCAGACUGGAACAGAAAGCUAGUCAGCGACUGAGGUUUCCAGACCGGGGUGCUCAGUCUACUCUCUCUAGACCACCAGAGCAGCCACAGAGGUCUGUCCAUCCACCUCCUCCACCCUCUACAACCAAGGUCAGUAACAAACACGACAAAGGACAGAAUAAUCGUACUUUAAACAUUUAAACAUUUUAAAGAUAAAACUCAGAAUCAAGCUAGCUUAGGGCUCGCUCUAACUCUGACAAGUGUGGAUGAACUGUGUUGUAACCAUAGACUGUAAAUACUAUGGACAACUUGGUUCUGCCUCCCGCAAGUAUAUGGAUUUGAAGCCAAAAAGCUCUCUGUAUUUCUGGGAUUUUUCUUAAUUUCCUGAAACCAACAUUGCGCAGUAGUGUUGUGCGCAUUCGGCGGGAGAGUCACCGAGAGUCGCUGUAAUGACGCUCUACUCAAACAGCGUAUCCACGGGUGAGCUACGCAAUCCCCGAACGCCAACAGGCUGUAUCAGGUGUCAAUCAUAGAAAACAUGAACCCCCUAAUAACUUUUAAAAACUUAGCUUCACAGAAAAAAAAGAGGACUUGAGCACAAACCAGUCUUACAGUAACUACAUGUCAACAUCGCAAGCAGGGGGGAGAAAAAUUUAUGUUCUGUGUAAUAAAUUUCUAAAGUUUGUCCACAGCCCCAUAAGCUUUGCUGGAGAAGGCGGGAUUUAUGACCUAUACUGCAGCCCAUCAACAGAGGGUGCUGUUCUCUGAGUGGCUUCACCCAGUGAGGAGGCAGACGCCGUCCAUUCUUUAUACAGUCUAUGGUUGUAGCACAGCAGGAUGACACAGGAAUGGUUCAAUCACAAAAAUGUGAUUUUUGGAAAAGGAUCAUCUCAUGUUUCCUUUGUGGUCCCACCUCUCCUCACUCCCCCCAGAAGGUCCUAUUCGGAGUGGGUCGCUCCAGACGAACCUCUCCUGUUAGAGGAAGGAGAAGACUGGACCACUCAUCCAAAGUUCAGGGCCAUGAGUCCAGGAAGAAGGAGGAUCGUUUUAUGACCAGGGAUGGAGAAGUGAUAAUACUAAAUGAGAAUGACUUCAUCAUCAUGACUCCUGAGGACUUGGAGAAAGAGCAGAUGCUCAGGAACAUCCCUUUCUUCGCCAAAUUCCAAACUUUGAAACCGUUCACCAUCUGGCGUAACAAUGUUCGAGCACUGAGGUUAUCCAGGACCAAGAGGUUCCUCAAGAAGAACGUGCUUAUCCUCAGCAAGGUCUGAAUUUGAUUUAGAUUAUCUUGAAUAUGCUGACUGAGAGGUUGAUUGUAGAUGUUAAUGUCUCUAUGAAUCACACAGGCUCUGGGUCCAGGGCUAAUGGAGAUCCGGGGAAUGUGUUACCAAAUCAGUGAGACAGGCCUGUUUCACUUGGAGGAGAACCACACCUACUCUCUGCAGGAGUUCCAGUCCAAACAACUGCAGGAGGUCAACCCCACACUUACUGUUGAUGGAGAGAAGUCUCAAUAUCUGGACAUCAGGAAACUAUUCACACGACUCUGUUUUUAUUCACUGUUGUUUAGGUUUCAACGGACUUGAAGAAAUUUCAGGCCCUCAUAGAAGAGAUGACAAGUCAAACCAUCAGAAACUUCUGGUCAAAGGUUGAAGGUAAGUCCAGACCAGACCACAGCGUACUGGGAUCCUGGAUUUCUUUAGGACAACAGUCCUGAAAGCAUGACGGUCUCCUCCCUUUGUCACAGAUGCUGAAAUCGAGAGCAGUAACGGGCUGAAUAUUACACAAAAUUUCCAUGUCAGCCGCCUGACAUGGUUAGUACUGAUUCUGUUUGUUUUAGUGAACGUUUGUAGCCCAAAUAUCUUCAGUUCAUCUUUAAAACAUGCUCAGUAUUUUUUGGAUCAGAGAAGAUGGUUCAGUCAGAACAGCUGAACCUUCUAGACAUGCACACUCAAAGGAAAACCUCCUGUGUGGUUUUAAUCCAAUCUGUUUUGGUUUGUCCAGCUUUAUUCGCCUCGUGAAAUACGUGGUCCUGAAUACCUUGCACAAUUUGGUGGUGAACACAGAGACCAGGCUGCUGUCUGAAGUCAGUGAGUGGGCUCAUCGAACCUCUCACCACGCCAUGAACCUGAGUCAGGCUGAGACUGAGACUGAGACUGAAGGAGAGGUGGAAGAACAGGUCAGUCAUCUUCAAUAUCAUCAUCCAGGAAACAACUAAAACCACCAAACUGGUUUUCAAAGCUACCUUUGAACCUGGUUUUUGUUUGUCUGGUUUAGCCUUUCAGACCAGAGACUCCUACGGCUCAACCCAUGUUCAUGACCCAAUUGAUGCUGGACAUGGAUGGCCUGACCUUCAAACCCUCCGAGGAGGACUUCCUGGUUAGUCUGAUUGAUUUUAAACUUUUGAUGUUUCAUCCCUAACUUCUUCUGAUGUAAACCAGAUUUAUGUGAAAAACCCAGAAGAGUUUCCUCUGAGGUCACAGAGGCGUGUCCGGAUGAACCAAUGCUGCGUUAGGAAAAAAGCAAAAUUGGAGGCGGAAAUAAGAUGGCUACAUCUACGAAAGUUUUUUUAGUGCCUAUAUAUUAGAUUCAGACAAGGCAAGCUAAAAUAACUUUUGUAUUGUAGCCAUCUUGUUUCCGCCUGUGAUUUCACUUUUUUUCUGACUUGGUAACUGAAACGCUGGGAACUCAGGUGUGACGUCAUUUUCAGCUCCGACAUCUGACUUCGGAGGUAACUUGAACACAGCAUUUAACCUUUACACUCACGGUUCAGUCUGAACAUCAUCAUGUUUGACUCUGAGGACCUCACACUAUCAUGAAAUCAAACAUGAGUGUUUGUGUCACUGGUGGACCUGGAUCAGUUCUCUGUUUAGUCCCCUCAGCCAGUCCCCUCCUCUGCCAAAUCCAGCUCCGUGUCUGUGGUCAUACUUAUCAACAAGUCAGUACUGAUCCAGAACUUUACAAACCAACAGGUCUGGACCACUGGGGGGGAACACUUCCUGUGAUAAUGAGCGUUUUUAAAGAAGCUGCCCGCUCACUACCCUUUAUAAGAGUUCAUUAAGAUCUUAGUUUGGCAUGUAGGACUCUUUAAAGACCUUAUUACUUUUAAAAAAAAACUCUUUUUUAUUCGUUGUAAUGAGUCACUGUUCGCACUUCAGAUCCAGCUGCUAAUUAAUGUCACCUAUAAUUCUAAUAAAGUUCAAUCAAUACUAAUGAAGUUCUCUGAGUUUGUUACAAAAUAUGAAAAUAAUGUUGAUUUAUCUUUGAAUAAAGUCUAAUUACCGUUAAUUAAUCUGACUGAAGUUCAGUGUUGAUAUGAAGACUAUCGUCCAUGUAAAUAACAGAUUAUAACUCUGUUUAUUCCCUCAGGACACAUUUUCAGAGAUCUUUAGACUGUUGGAAGACUCAGCAGCAUCAGUGAAAACUCUGUCAGCAGAUCAGUGUCUUCAUGAGACUCAGGCAUCUUCAGAGGAGGUGAAGAAGAUCCCCAAACACACAGACCCCCCAAAACACACAGACCCCUAAACACACAGACCCCAAAACACACAGACCUCAAACACACAGACCCUGAGUUUACAGACCCCCAAACACACAGACCCUGAGGUCUACAGACUCUGAGGUUUGUUUAGUCUGUUGGAGUCUGCGCCCCUCAGUCUGCUGCCCUGAUAAACAGGAUCACAAGGGCCACCACAGACUCUAGACCAGCCUCAGCACUGAGUCUGAUCUCCUCAGCCCCCCUGAUCUUCAUGUUCUUCCCCCUCUGUGUUUUUCUACUCCAGACAACUGAAGGCAGAUUUGAAGUGAGCCCUUAUUUGAAGUCCUGUAUCAUGAAUGAUGUCCACCUCCGGAGAGUCCAUCAGAACAUAAAGGUCUGUUUAUUUUCUUCACACCCAUCUGGUUUUGAUGAAGUGUGCUGAGAACUUCUGGGUCUGCCUUUUUCCCCUCAGGAGAUCCUGCAGUCUGCCUUCAAAACAGCCAAAGAGUACUCACACACACUGGACCAGUUCUGGGUCUUCUAUAAGGAGAACGAGAACCUGGACCUGGACCUGCUGCAGCAACAGGAUCAUGGUGACGUACUUCACAUGAACGUGAUUUUAGUUUCACACAAAGAGCAGCUAAAAGACCGAGGAGGAGGAGGAGGAGGAGGAGGAGGAGAGCUGGUUUCACUCUGAGACAGAGACUGUUGGAGAAGGGGGGGGCAGAAUAGACUGAUCUUCAUUGUGUCGCACGGAAGUGUUCAUAAUGAUGUGGAGAGAAGGGUACGGGUUUGUUCGCUAGGUUUCAUUUUAAUUUACCGUCUGAAGCCGAAGCAGAGAAACAGACGGUAAAGACUUGAUCGUCUGAAACCAAAAAGAUCUUCAAAAUAACAAACAUCUUCAAACAUGAUUCAUCCUCUCUUUUCCAGGUUUGUCCUUUUUCCAAAGAACACUAAAGACAUACCACAGCGAGCACCAGCAGACCUCCACCAUCCAGCAGGAGAAACAUCUGGGACUCCUGCUGGUGAACCAAGCAGAGUUCAGGGAGAAGAUAGCGUCUUCUCCUCUACGCUGUCUGGAGGUGAGGAUGACGUGAUGUUUUUAUUUUCAUAAAACACAGAGGUGUGAGGAAAAGCUUCAAAGGUCAAACUCAGUCCAGGUGGAGCGUGAGGAAACAUUUCGGCUUGCUGUCUCCGCUCCAGGUCAUCAAUAAGAUGAUUGUCAAAGCUGCGAGGAGUAAACUGGACGCCGUCAGGGCCGAGGUCUACGAGGCCGAGAUUAAACUAGAGUCCAAGCCCUCCACCACAGCCGAGUUCGCCCACUACCUCACCUUCUUGAACCAGAUUCAGGAGAGGGUAACGCACACACCAGAACCAGAACAGCAGUUGACCUGUCUGAGAUGACAUCUGUCCUGAGACUCUUUCUUCUUCUCUCUUCUCCAUCGGUCUUUCUCUCACCAGAUUGAGGUCCUAGAAGAGGAGCAGCAGACACUGUCUCAGAUGUAUGAUCUGAUAAACACCUACUCAGUCCACACGCCAGACCAGGAUUUCGCGGAGUUUCGUGUCCUGAAGUCUUCCAUGACCUCCUUGCAGAACAUCAUGUGUAGAGCGGCUCUCCGUCGAGACUCCAUGAUGGACUCCUUCUGUAAGUCUCUGAAGAAAGACGUGAAGCAGCUGAACCAGGAGGUCAUGGAAACCAAACUCAAGUCCUGGGUAUGUCAGGAGAGGUUCUCCUCUUGGUUCUGAAGAAGGGCCUCUGAUCUGUUGACUGUUUCUUUAUCCUGCUGAUUUUGACCGACAGGAUCCACAAAUCCUGGACAUCAGUGCAGACCGCUCCAGAGUCCGCCUGCUGCUGGGAGAGAUCCAGAUUCUGAUUGAUGAGCUGCAAGACCGAGCCUCCACCUAUACCUCCUACCAGAAGCUGUUUAAGGUGGAGCACGUGUUCCAGAUAAUAACCCUCAAGAAACAAGAUGGAGGUUUUAGAUCAAAGUCCAGAAGUUUCAGGUUUUUGACUUCCCCCUUUCACUUCAGCUGCAGAUGAUGAAGUCAGACAGUCUGGACGAGUUGAUCUCAGAGUUCAGACUCAAACAGCUGCUGUGGGAGCGAAUGGAGGAGUGGGACACUCUAGAAGAAAGGUGUAAACAGGUGAGGAGUGUCCACAGGAACCUGAAAUCAGCUCUUCCUCUCCUCUAAGUCUGACUGUACCCAUUCAUGUUCCACUGUCUCCAGAGCACACUCCAGAACCUGGACCUGGAGGACUGGAGAACCCAGGUCAACAAAUACAGCAUGUGUGUCAAUCAGCUGGAGAAGGACUUACCCCGCAACAGUGUGGUAGAAGGUCUCAGGAACAAGGUGGAGGUCACCAAUCAGAAGGUGGGCCAGAUUUAUUUAGCUCCUUUCGUGGUCGAAUAACCUCCAUGUCUAAAUCUGAUCAAAUCUGGACGUCUUCUUCUUCUUUGUGGGUUUCUCCUCAGCUGCCUGUGAUUGCUGAUCUUAGUAACCCCUGUAUGAAACCAGAACACUGGAGGACCCUGGAGUCUGUUGUGGGGACUUCCCUGAAGGUGGAGGAGCUCACGCUGGCUUCCAUGGAGGAGAUGGGCUUCUUCAACCACAGCGUGGAAAUCCAGCAGGUAACACGAAAGUGUCUGAACAAGGUUACAGGAACAUUCAAAAAACACUCUGCUAAAAUGUGUGACACUAACCUUUGACCUUUGACCUUCAGCUCUCAGCUCAGGCUACAGGAGAGGCAUCAGCCGAGCUCACCAUCACUAAGGUCAGCAGCUAACCACAGAGGUCACCUUUGUUGAAGCGGUCCAGUGUCGUUCAGUCCUGUUGAACAAAUGCCUCCAUCUCUCUACAGGUGGAGGAUCUGUGGUGGAGCACAGAGUUCAGUGUGGUUCCUUAUCGAGACUCCAAUGAUGUCUUUGUGUUAGAAGGUGCAGAAGAAAUCCAGGUGGGAGCGUAACCUCCAAUUUCCACCGCAUCCUGAACGUCUACGAAAAGGCCGUAUCCUCCAAUCGUAGCUGAUUGUAACCAUUCAAGUUGAUGUGUCAAUUUCCACCAACUUCUUUGCGUUCCUCUGCGGAUCACCGGACUCCACAGCUGAUCGCAAGAGUUCGAUUUUUUCCGUACGCCGGAGAAUGCCGGAUAAAUUCAGCACAGAUUAACCCGUGCUGGAAAGGAAGUCGAGCGCAGAUACAAAUUAAACAUCUGGCUUCUUUUCAAAAUAAAGCACUGCGUGUUUCAGGCAGAUGUAUUUCACACCAUGCAAACGGGCGGGGGCGAACAAGUGAAAGGUUUUUAGACGUUAUUUGACCCCGAUGGCACCAUAGAUGAGGAGAUGCUGAUUCUAGAAGUCUAGAAGUAAAUUAUUUUCUCCUCUGGAAGGACACAAUCUACUGCUUGUAUGUCUAUGUGGCUGUCUUUAGAUAGACAACUCGUUAUUGCGCGAUUGCACGUGAAUCCGUGGGUUCUUGUGAGUUCUCGCGCUUCCUGCUGUCCGUUGUCUGCCACGAAAUUUGCCUAACCAACGGAUCUGGUAGGAAUUGGCCAAGGGCGAAAAUCGCAGCCGUUCUGGAUGUGAUGAGAAUUAGGGGUAAACUUCACACAUGUAACAGUCUGUUGUAACACGCUAAAAGGUCAUGGUCCAUCUCAUUCUCUGUGUCGUGUUACACAAAGGUCCUUUUGGACGACAGCAUCACCAGUGUGAGCUCUGUGGCAUCUUCAGCUUACGUGGCUCCUGUGAAGCUCAGGGUGGACAGACUGCUGAGACAGUUGCCCCUCUUCAAACAAACACUGGUAAAGUCUGCAGAGACACACAAAAUGGGAAUAUGAAGACAACCAUCUUUAUUACAGCCAGUGGAGAGGAGGAGUGUGUGUGCACCCAAGCAUUGAUCAGAGGACAAUCGUCCUUCUUCUUCUUCUUCUUCUUCUUCUAUAGUCUUUGUUCAUCGCCCUGCUUUUUGUCCCCAGGACGAGUGGAUGCGGUUUCAAAGGAACUGGAUUCACCUCGAGAGCGUCUUCUUGGCCCCGGACUCUGAGAGGGAAAGGCCGGUCCAGUUGGAGGAGUUUCUGGAGGUGGACAGUUUUUGGAAGGAGAUGAUGUCGAAGGUCAAGAGGAUUCCCAACGCAUUAAGAGCCGCUACUCAGCCUCGUAGGUGGAGCUGAAGAGAAAAGUCGAAACCAGGCAGGAAGUUCCUGGACGAUCACUCAGAAAUCUUAACUUCCAAGUGUUUUGUCUUCUGAUGUGCAGGUCUUCUGAGGACGUUCCAGUUAAAUAACUCUCUUCUGGAGGAGAUACAGAAACAUCUGGAAGCAAGAGACGGGCACGAGUCACUUUCUGAGGCUCAAGACCCUGAGGGGCAGGUCCAAGAUGAGGCGCAAGUCUCCAAGUGAAGCAGCAAGUCCCAGACAAGUCCUUCAUGGUGUCAACACCUAAACUAAAGUAGAAUUGUAAGGUUGCAGGACGGAGCGCUUCAUUGUUGCAUGUGUAAAAACUGUUUUGGUUGAAGGUCGAUCCUGAUUUCUCUUGACAGUCCGAUAAAUCAGCUGUUUAUUUUGUGAGUGGC